GUGCUACAUCUUGGCAGUCUGAAGCGAUUGGCUCCUCUCUGGGGAGUGGAGGGUGUUCAGUUAUUAAUGACUGCUGAGCAGGCAGCACCAUGUCAGUGUGACAACUGAUCGGGUGAACGAUGCACCACUAACCACCAUGGAAACAAGGAGAAAUAACGCCAGCUCACAGGAUCUCCCUGCACUGGAUUGAGAGCCUCAGCUGCCGACCAGGAGAGUUACAGGCAAGAGAAGGAAUCUGAGCUGCAGCCUCCUGCCUUCCUUAUAUUUUAGGACACAGAUAUAAGAUUGCUUGCAUGUGUGCAUAUCUUUGAUACAUAUUUGUGUAUACUUUAUCACACACACACAUAUGCACCGAUUUAUACCCGGGAAAGAAGACAACCAUGUGAUUAUCUGAAUCAAGGAACUAAGGAAUUCAGCACGCAGGGACACUGUAUGUGGUCUAGCACUGAAACUGCUUUUGCAAGCAUAAUGCUGCUAUUCCUGCAAGUACUGACCAAGCAUGGGAUUUGAAUAGUAUACUCUUAAAUAAAUGAAUUGCUCAAUUUCCUGUGAUCAUCUAUACAUACUCCAUCUUCAAAAAGUUCAUCAAUAUUAUAUCAUUAAGGAAAUAGUGACCUUCUUUUCUCCAAUAUGUAUGACGUUUUUGGACAAAGCAAUUGUGGUACUCACACUUCUUUCCAUGAAGAAAAACUCUACAGUUCUAUGGAAUUCAUCAUUUGACAAAUGCAAGUAUUCCCCUUAUCAAUCAGCUAUUAUUAAACUUACAAAUAGUGACUGUGGAAUCCUUAAGGGCCCAUUAAAUUUCUGAAGAAGAAAGUUAAGAUGAAGGACAUGCCACUCCAAAUUCAUGUGCUACUUGGCCUAGCUAUUACUAUACUAGUACAAGCUGUAGAUAAAAAAUUGGAUUGCCCACAGUUAUGUACAUGUGAAAUCAGGCCUUGGUUUACACCCAGAUCCAUUUAUAUGGAGGCAUCUACAGUGGAUUGUAAUGAUUUAGGUCUUUUAAGUUUCCCAGCCAGAUUGCCUGCUGACACACAGAUUCUGCUCCUACAGACUAACAAUAUUGCAAAAAUUGAAUAUUCCAUAGACUUUCCAGUAAACCUUACUGGCCUGGAUUUAUCUCAAAACAAUUUAUCUUCAGUCACCAAUAUUAAUGUAAAGAAGAUGCAUCAGCUCCUUUCUGUGUACCUAGAAGAAAACAAACUUACUGAGCUGCCUGAAAAAUGUCUGUCUGGACUGAGUAACUUACAAGAACUCUAUAUUAAUCACAACUUGCUUUCUACAAUUUCACCUGGAGCUUUUAUUGGCCUACAUAAUCUUCUUCGACUUCAUCUCAAUUCAAAUAGACUGCAGAUGAUCAACAGUAAGUGGUUUGAUGCUCUUCCAAAUCUAGAGAUUCUGAUGAUUGGAGAAAAUCCAAUCAUCAGAAUCAAAGACAUGAACUUUAAGCCUCUUAUCAAUCUUCGCAGUCUGGUUAUAGCUGGUAUAAACCUCACGGAAAUACCAGAUAAUGCCUUGGUUGGACUUGAAAACUUAGAAAGCAUCUCUUUUUAUGACAACAGGCUUAUCAAAGUGCCCCACGUUGCUCUUCAAAAAGUCGUAAACCUCAAAUUUUUGGAUUUAAACAAAAAUCCUAUUAAUAGAAUACGAAGAGGUGAUUUUAGCAAUAUGCUACACUUAAAAGAGUUGGGGAUAAAUAAUAUGCCUGAGCUGAUUUCCAUUGACAGUCUUGCUGUGGAUAACUUGCCGGAUUUAAGAAAAAUAGAAGCUACUAACAACCCUAGAUUGUCUUACAUUCACCCUAAUGCAUUUUUCAGACUCCCCAAGCUGGAAUCACUCAUGUUGAACAGCAAUGCCCUCAGUGCCCUAUACCAUGGUACCAUUGAGUCUCUGCCAAACCUCAAAGAAAUCAGCAUACACAGCAAUCCAAUCAGGUGUGACUGUGUCAUCCGUUGGAUUAAUAUGAACAAAACCAACAUUCGAUUUAUGGAGCCAGAUGCACUGUUUUGUGUGGACCCACCUGAAUUCCAAGGCCAGAAUGUUCGACAAGUGCAUUUCAGGGAUAUGAUGGAAAUUUGCCUCCCUCUUAUAGCUCCUGAGAGCUUUCCUUCUAAUUUGGACGUAGAAGCUAAUAGCUAUGUCUCCCUUCACUGUAGAGCAACGGCAGAGCCACAGCCUGAAAUUUACUGGAUAACACCUUCUGGUCAAAAACUAUUACCUAAUACUCUGACAGAUAAGUUCUAUGUUCAUUCUGAAGGCACACUAGAUAUAAGUGGCAUAACCCCCAAAGAAGGGGGUUUAUAUACUUGUAUAGCAACUAACCUAGUUGGUGCUGACUUAAAGUCUAUUAUGAUCAAAGUGGAUGGUUCUUUUCCCCAAGAUAACAAUGGAUCUUUGAAUAUCAAAAUAAGAGAUAUUCAGGCCAAUUCAGUUCUGGUAUCUUGGAAAGCAAGUUCAAAAAUUCUCAAAUCCAGUGUUAAGUGGACUGCCUUUGUCAAGACUGAAAAUUCUCACGCUGCCCAAAGUGCUCGAAUACCAUCUGAUGUCAAGGUAUAUAAUCUUACGCAUCUGAACCCAUCCACUGAGUACAAAAUUUGUAUUGAUAUCCCCACAAUAUAUCAGAAAAACAGAAAACAAUGUAUAAAUGUCACCACAAAAGGUGUGGACCAAGGUCGUAAAGAGUAUGAAAAGAGUAACACCAUAAUGUUUAUGGCCUGUCUUGGGGGCCUUCUAGGGAUUAUUGGUGUAAUAUGUAUUUUCAGCUGCCUCUCUCAAGAAAUAAACUGUGAUGAUAAACAUAGCCAUGUAAGGAAUUACUUACACAAACCAACCUUUGCAUUCAGUGAGCUUUAUCCUCCUCUGAUAAACCUCUGGGAAACAGGUAAAGAGAAAAGUACAAACUUAGAAGUGAAAGCAACAGUCAUAGGUGUGCCAACAAAUAUGUCAUAAAAACAACCAACUCAACUAACUUCAAAGAAAAGCUCAAAACUCCAGUUGAAUUAAAAAACAGGCAGAGAAACCUAACUUUCUACAAAGAAGGUUAAGCUUCACCAAUGCUGCUCAUGAUCAAUGGAAACAUGUACAAGUUCAGCAUUUUAAUUAACUGGCUUCAAGGGUACUGUGGCAACCAAAUAAAUAAUUCCAUUUUCUAGAACUUUCAUGUAACUUUUAUGUCUGGACGACAAUUAAAGUGGACAAAAACAUUUCUGUAUUUUUUUUUAAGUAUAUAAGAGUAGUUGAACUGAGCAAUACCUCCUCCUGUGUUGUAUUACACAUAUUAGCCACGAGUUUUUGCAGUGACCAGAUAAACUUGAAUUGACACGUGGUGUAAUAAAAAAGGACAAAUUAUGUAGAGUAGACACAGUGAGUAUGUGGACCUCUUUUAUAAGGAAAAAUACAUUUUGGAUUAAAAUCAAUUGCUUUUGUCUUGUUUUUGUUUCUAAAUAAAGAAUAAUUUCUGGAAAAUAUCAGCUGAUCAGAUAUCAUUUAAAUGACCACUUUUUCAAAAGUGUUUUUUAUAAUGAAAUUUUGAAUGUUAAGUACAAGACACUUUAUUGAGUUAUGUAACUACAUUUAUAUAGUGCACAAAAAUGGAUUUUAGAAAGAAUUUUAUCAAUAUUAAAAGGCAAUGAUAAUAUUGUAUUAAUACUUUAAUUAUUGACUGGAACAAAUCCUCCAGGAAAUUAUAUAUUCACUUAAAGAGUUUUCUUAACACGUAGCACUUGGAGGGGAUUUAAUUAUUAGAUUUGGAUAAUGUAAAUCUAAUACCUCAGUAGCUGAAAGCAUUAUUUCAAUUUUAUUGAUAGUAGCUCAACUUUAGGCUGCUUGCUUUGCAGAAAAUAUUGCCAAAUUUCAGAAGGGCUUAUGAUAUAAAUGUAAUUUUCAGAUCUCUCUGUGAUUUUAAACAGUUAAAAAGCUUCACUGAAAUCCAAAUAAUUCAUUAUGUUGCACACAUAGCAAGAAAACAUUAUAUCCAAUUUUAAGAGUAUGAUUUUAGAAUUUCACUAUGAAAUUUAAUAGAUUAGUAGUAAAAGUUUGACAGGUUCAAAUUCAUAAAAUUCUACCUUUUAUCAAUUUCACCUUAACAAAAAUAGCAUAAGUCAGAUAGCUGCAGUUUAUUAAAAAUUUAAGAAAACUUUCAGUAAGAAAAAAAUUGUGAAAUUAUUUAGAGUAAAAUUAAAACUACAAUGCAGUUCUCUAAGUUUAUAUUUAAAGCACUAAAAACCAGCUUACAAAAUUGAAAAUCAGUGAAAAGAAGUGUCAAGAACAUUGCUAGUUCUUUAAAUAUCUUUUAUAAGUAAUCUAAGAAUUUUACUUAAGAAAACCCCAACUAAGAUCAUUGAGAUUUUUAGUCAUUUUUACAAACAAAAACCCAGAGUCUUGCAAAUUAAACAUAUUUUUGUACAAAGAAAACAGCCUAAAAUAUUGUUUCAAAAUUUAAAAUAAUAAGCCAUAGUUUUUAUAGGCAAAUUGCUUAUCAUAACAAAGCCACAUAGCUUCCAUGUCUAUUGCUGUUGUGUUUGUUCAUAAUCAAGUGUCUAACUUCUCACAGUAGCUUGAUGCUUAUUAUCAACAUGUCAUUGCUAUGUAAACAUUUUCAGCACUGCAAUAAUAUCAAUUUAUUUAUUAAUAUUAGACAUUUCUUUUGUGAUAGCAUUGAUAAUUUCAAAUUAAAUUCUAAACUACUUUUGACAGUGUGAAAGGUAAUUGUUAUAAACUCUUUAAAACAAAAGAACAAACUGUGUUAAUUUUAACACAAUUAAAAUAUGGAACUUACUAAUUCAAUGUGUUCCCCAAACACAAAUUUUACAAUCUGAUGAAUCACUAUCCCACAGAGGCUGACAUUAGAAUUUAUCAGCAAGACAUGCUCAUACAUCACGAGAGGUUUCAAUACUGUGGACAGAGCUUUUUGGAGCUCAGCUAUUUGUCAAAGAUAUAGAAGCUGAAAUAGGACCUAUUAGGAUGCAGGUAUUGUAUAGGUCAGCAAGAAUCUAACCUGGUAACUUGUAUAUUACUUUUAAGUCUAUCUGCAUGAAGGUCCAUCACAAAUAUAUCAUAAAACUGAGAAUGCAUUUUGAGUUACAUAUUUCCUUUGAAACUUAUGAAAAGCCUUAAGAAGAGACAUCUAGUAGUGAGUACUGAAAUUAAGUAUUUUUGUUACAACCAAAUAAAUACAGAUGCUCAAAGCAAA